AUGGCGAACAUGAUCCAGCCACAGAUUCCGAAGCUGAUGAAGACCAAUUACGACAACUGGAGUAUCCAGAUGAAAGUCUUGCUCGGCUCGCAAGACUUGUGGGAGCUCGUGAAGAAUGGCUACACUGAGCCAGAGUCACCUGCAGUAGAAGCAACUCUCACCGCUACACAGAAGAGUGAGCUGAAGGAGAUUAGAAAAAGAGACAAAAAGGCAUUGUUCCUAAUAUUCCAAGGCGUAGAUGAAUCAGCGUUUGAGAAGAUUUCCAACACCCUAUCCUCUAAAGAAGCAUGGGAGAUUUUACAAAAAUCCUAUCAAGGUGCGGAAAGAGCCAAAAAGGUAUGCCUCCAAGCAUUAAGAGUUGAAUUUGAAAAUUUGAAGAUGAAAGCUACAAAAUCAAUAUCAGACUAUUUUAGUAGAGUUCAGACAAUAACUAAUCAAAUGAAGAGAAAUGGAGAAGCAAUUAAUGAUGUAAGAAUUAUCGAGAAGAUACUUAGGACUUUAGACUCUAAAUUCAAAUAUAUUAUUCCGGCAAUACAAGAGUCUAAAGAUCUUUCCGAAGUUUCUAUUGAUGAGCUGCAAGGUUCUCUGCAAGCUUAUGAACAAGAUAUAAACAUUAGUUCAAAUCAAGCGGAGAAUCUAGAACAAUCCUUGCAAAGUAAGAUGACUAUCAAAGAAGAUAGUCGAAGAGGACGUGGAGACUACAGAGGCAGAGGCUCCUUUCAAGGUGGCUCAAACUUCCAACAAGGUCGUAGGAGACAGUACCAAGGAGGUCAUGAAAAUCAAGAUCGAAAUGGAGAUCGUGAAUGA